AAUUUGAUUCGAUUUUAAACUGAUUUUGAUAAUUCUGUUAUGGUUCCAAUUUCGAAUGAAUUGAUCCCACUCUAACCUGUUUUCGAUUCUGGACUGGCCCUUGACCGGGUCUAUGCUUACGUCCAGAAUUUUCUCAUUUACAUGUAUCUGUCCAACAUCCCAAAAAAGCUUGUGUGUCGCAAAGAGAAGGGAAAACUGCACACAAUUAAUUAAUGCCUGAAAAAUUAUUUUAGAGCUUUUUAGAGCUUACAAAGGAUUACAAGCAAACUUUAUUCCUUCACUGUCUGCAGAGCCUAAAAUAUUCCAGAAAAAAGUAACCCAGAGACCCAAAUUCAAGGCUUGGUUUGAUUCCUUCCUCUUCAGUAAGGCAAGUCAGGAAUUUAAGACAUUUCUUGGAAAUUAAGAAAGUCCAGAAAUCCAUUUUUAUAAUGAAAAUAACAAAAAUUAUGCAUAAAAAGACCACUUUUAUCGUAACUUUUAGUCUGGAAAAGAACUCCUUGUAUUGCAUAUUUAUAGUUCUUCUCCAAGAUACGCAAGGGUGACACAGAACAAGUUAUUUUGUCCUUUUGCCUCCAAUCUGCUAAAUAGCCAUGGCUUCAGGAGCAUCUAAAUCGGCAGCCUUCUUGCUCUUAAUCGUCAAUAUUGCCCUUUACUUCAUUAUGAUAGUAAUUGCUUCAUGGGCUGUAAAUCAUGGGAUUAAAAGAUCUCGGGAAACGGCGUCUGUUUUAUCAAUUCCGGCUCGCAUAUUUCCAAUAUACUUCCCAAUGGGAAACAUGGCAACAGGUUUCUUCAUCAUUUUCUCCCUCCUUUCUGCCGUAGUUGGCAUCGGUACCUCCCUUACAGGACUCCAUAAUAUUGUUCAAUGGAACGUUUCAAACUUACAUGCGGCUGCUGCUUCCUCUGUGACAACCUUGUCACUCACUCUACUAGCCAUGGGAUUGGCAUGUAAAGAGAUUAACAUAGGCUGGACAGAUUCAAACUUGCGCACUCUUGAAGUUGUGACGAUAAUAGUGAGCGCUACCCAGUUGUUCUGCACUGGUGCUAUAUGUGCUGGGGUUAAAGAUGUGUCUGCACGAUACGGGGCCUAAGCCAGGAACAGUUCGAUCUGCCAAAUAAUUGUGUUAUGAAUGUUCUAUAUAUCUUUGUUGAGAAUUUCAGAGGCUGAUGGUUACACUUAUUAUUAUUAUUAUUAUUAUUUAAAGUUAAUUGAGCCAUGGAAUGGAACUAUUAUAUA